AUGGAGUACCUCAAGAUUACAAAGAUUGAGGAUGUCGUACUACAUAAAAAGGGUAUUCCAACAAUUGGAACACUACAUUUGACUACACAUCAUCUCAUUUUCACUUCAAAAUCGUUGACUAAAGAGAUUUGGGUACCUUAUCCAUUAAUUUUAUCUGUAUUCAAAAAUCAAGGGUCUACUUUAUUAACUCGUUAUAAAGAUUUAGAUGAAAUGAUUCAAUAUCAAGUACCACAGUCUUUUACAAAAAUUCAAUUAUCAUCUCAAAAAAAAUUAAUUCAAUGGUAUACAAAUAAUGAUAUGUGGUCCCUAAUUAAUAUUAAGAUUGUAUUAAAGGAUUAUACAAUAUUCUCAAUAGAUUUCCCUAUCGAUGAUAAUAUUGCUAAUGACGUUUAUGAUUCGCUUUAUAACCUAACUUUAGGUGUAUCAUUGGAUCAACUUUAUGCAUUUUUAUAUACACCAAAUGAAGUAGAAUUGAAACUAAAAGAUACUUCAUAUAGAUUGUACAAUUUGAAACAAGAAAUGAUAAGACAAGGCUUGGAUCUUGAUUCCACAGACUGUUCAUGGAGACUCACGACGGCGAAUCAAGAUUAUCAAAUAUCAUCAACUUAUCCAAGUCAACUCAUUGUACCUACUAUUAUCCCUGAUUCUUUAAUUACUCAUUGUUCUAAAUAUCGUUCAAAGGGUCGAUUUCCCACUUUAACUUAUUAUUAUAAACGACAUGGUAAUACAAUAACAAGAUCGGCUCAACCAACCCCGGGGAUCACUAAACAACGAUCAAUUCAAGAUGAAAAACUUAUCUCAACAAUAUUUGGAUUAUCAAUUAUUAAGGAUCAGAAUUUGAUUGUGGAUGCAAGACCCUUAACUAAUGCACUUGCUCAAGUAGCAUUAGGUGGUGGAACAGAAUUGAUGGACAAUUAUAAUUUUAAUGAUACAACAAAGAGAUUAUUUUUAGGGAUAGAUAAUAUUCAUAUUAUGUCAGAUACAAUGAAUUCUUUUAUAGACAAUUUCCUAAUAGAUUCAGAUAUAUUCACAGAACUUUCAUUUAGGGGUAAAUUAAAUAAUAAAUUUCAAAAUUGGAUUAAAUAUAAUAAAUUGAUAUUAACUGCAGUAGACAAGUUGUCUAAAGCAAUGAUCUUUAAUGGGUCAAAUAUUUUGGUACAUUGUUCAGAUGGAUGGGAUAGAACUGCCCAAGUAAUAUCUUUGAUACAGGUUUGUAUAGACCCAUAUUUUAGAACUUUAGAAGGAUUUAUGGUUCUAGUGGAAAAGGAUUGGGUUACAUUUGGACAUAAAUUCAGAGAAAGGUCACAUCAUUUAGGUUCUCCAGAUUGUUUCCACGAUAACACUACCGGGUUGUUUAAUAAAAAAUUAUCAUUGAACGAUAAUCCGUUUACAAAAUUGAGAGCCAAAACUUUAAAUGUUUCAUCAAAUAUGGGUGGCUCACUACAUGAUAUCGAUGAUGAUUUAACUAAUCAAUCAAAAAAACCAACUUUCACCAGGUCAAAGUUAGCACCACGUUCAAAUAAAUUUGCAGCACCAAUCUUCCAACAAUUCUUGGAUUGCGUUUAUCAAUUACAACAACAAAAUUCAAAUUUGUUUGAAUUCAAUGAAAGAUUCCUUAGAAGGUUGGUCUAUCACGUUUAUUCUUGUCAGUAUGGUACUUUUCUGUUUAAUUCAGAGAAAGAGGCAAAAGAAUAUCAAAAUACUACAAGGACACGGUCAGUAUGGGAUCAUUUUAGAUCUAAAAAGAAUUUAUUUAUUAAUAAAGAUUAUAAUCACGUAGAUUUUAAAAAUGAGGGAGACAACAGUGUAGAGAAUAUCGAUUGGAUUUCACCUGAUUUAUCUAAUGUUAAAUGGUGGUCUCAAUUAUAUGGAAGAAAACCUGAUGAAAUGAAAAUUGACGUGGAUGAACAAAAAACACGAUCUGGAAUAUCCAAUAUCAAGGAUGAGUCUCGUUCUAAUAAUAAAAGGUCCUCUUCUGAAACAGGAACUUCCCCUGGUAUUAUAGAAUCUACACGAGAAUUCUUAUCCUUUUUCAGCUUAGAUAGUUAUAAGAAUUACGAUAAUGAUACGACAUGA